AUGGGCUGGGCUGCGAGGCUUCAGCAGCUCCUCUGGCCGGCCGGAGAUGCACCAGCUGUGGUGGCUGGCGAGGCUUCAGCAGCUGGCCAGGCGUUGAGCAGGUGGCCAGGCGAGGAGCAGCCGACUGGCGACACGCUGGGACCUGAGAGGAGGAGCAGGCAUCUAGGCGAGGGAGCAGUCGAGGUCAACACGCUGGGACCUGAGAGGAGUAGCUUCAUGUGGUCGCCCCCUAGCGCGCGCUCAUCGAAACCCAGCGAGGAGCACGUGGGGUACGGUGUCGCCGGCGAGGAGCAGGAAAAGGGCAGGGGGAAUUCAGAAUCUGACAUUGAAUAUGACACCUCCUCUGAUGUUGAUAAACAAUCUGACACUGAUGAUGACUAUGACGAUGACCUCAAUAAUGAGGUCAAUACCGAGGUAGGAGCGAUGGUUCCAGGAACUCGCCCUCAGAAGAAGCAAAAGGCAGCAACAAUGGCGGCUGCCAACCAGCAAGAACUGCGGACGCCAAUAAAACUCACUAGGCAAAGUGCAGCCAUGCCUUCGCCUGGAGGCCGUCCACCACCUAGGAUAAGAAAUCCCUUGCCUCCUAAGAACACUUCCAAAGCCAACCCUAAACCUAUUGCCAUCUCUAGUGCCAGCCAACUGCAAGGCCACCUCACACCAAACACCAUGCCUUCGCUGCCUGGUGCUAACCCUGAGCAUACUCCUAGACCCACUAUUACCAUGUCUCAGUCGAGGCAAAUGACUCUCGCAACUAGUAUUAACCAGCUAAUCCCUACAGACUCCUCGCCAGGUGGCCAGAGCUCUAGGCAAAGCAAUGACAUCAAUGAGUCAGCUGAGCAAUUUGAUACUGCUAAUUCAGAGGGUAAUACAUGUGAAGGAGAACCAAGUGAUGACUUAGUUCCAGCGCGCCAAAAGAAUGUCCGCAAGAAAACCAUGGGUCAUGGCUUAGAGAAGAUGAUAAAUAGAGGAAAGAAGUUGGCUAUCCAGGUGGCUGAAGGGAAGAAAAGACCUGAUGUACCACUUCAGGCAGCGAAGCUGGCAUCAGAAACUGGUGUUGCCCUAAGAGACAACCUGCCUAUCUUAACAUCUUGGAAGCUAUAUCAAAAAGAUGCGGGACCGGCACAAAUAAGAAAAGUGCUUGAGAAAGUGGCGUCAAGGUUGGAUGUGGAUAUUAAGAACGAGGGACCAAGCAAAGCUGCAUGCACUGAUAUCAUCAAGAAGGGAGUAAGGCAGCAGAGGUAUCACCUGAAAAUGAAGUACUUCGACCCUACACUCACAAUGGAGCAGCUCUUGGCCAAACAGCCUCCACCAAAGAUGAAGAAAGAGGAGUGGGUAAAGCUGGUAGAGUACUGGUGUGACCCAAAGAAUAAGGAAAAAUCUGCUAAGAAUAAAGUUAACCGAGGCCAAGUGCAGCUGCACCAAAAGACUGGAGCUAGGUCAUAUAUUGCCCAUCGAUACAGCCUGAGGCCUAAGUACAACAACAUGGAACCAGAUGUUGUUGAUUUCUUUGGGGAGUGCAUGACUAGUCGCCAAAGUGGUCGUACUCCUCUUGCAGAUGAAAUAUAUGAACAAAUGGUGGCAGAGAAGGAAAGAGAGCCAGAAGAAGGAGAAGCACAAAAGUCUCCCUCCACUAUUGUUGCUGAAAGUCUCAGCCACAUCAGCCAUUCAUCCACCUUUCUUCCGAACAUUGGUGUCCCUAGACUGUCGAAGACUGGCCAAGCCUCAUCGACAGCAGCACAAGCACGCCUUCAAGCUGAGUUUGAGGCAAGACUUCAAGCUGAAAGAGAUGAAGCUGCUAGGAAGCAGGAAGAAUUGCAAGCACAGCUUCAAGCUCAGCAGGCCGCACUCCAAGAAAACCAAAGUUUGCUGCGCCAGACUCAAGAGGAAGUGAAGGGGAUGAAUACCAAGUUUGAAGAGACUAAUGCACUGCUGCGAGCUGUCCUCAAACUUCAGAAAGAUUGA